UGCAGUCACGACAGCAGCUCUGAGAGGUCACUGGACCAUAGGAAGAUCCACUGGACCUGAAGACCGCCUGGUGCUCGGCUGGGACACCGACACCUACACCUUGUACUACUACUACUACUACUAUUACUACUACUACUACUACUUCUACUACUAGUACUACUAGAAUACAAAAUGAAGGCAUUUAGCAUUGCAGUUGCAGUGACACUCGUGCUGGCCUUUGUUUGCAUCCUGGAGAACUCUGCAGUCCCUUUCAGCGGGGUGCAGGAGACACAGGUGCAGGAGGUGGAGGAGGCGGGCGACAACACUCCAGUGGCAGACGUGCCAGGGGAGCCAUGGACGGCGCUGUACCACGGGCGGCAGAGGCGGCAGAGCAACCUGUCACUGUGUCGCUGGUGCUGCAACUGCUGCCGGGCCUACAAGGGAUGCGGAUUCUGCUGCAGGUUCUAAGAAAAGGAGGCGGCUGCAGAACAAACAAGACAAUAAUUUAUGAGGCAUGACCUGCAGAUGUUUGAUCCCAAACUGUAUUUAUUUCAUGUUUUUUGUGACUUACUUUACUUUUCUGAGGCUCCUUCAUGCCCAAUAAAUGAUCUUUUAAAGCAAA